GGUGGACGACGCCUGCAGCAGCCGACAGCUACCAACGACCGCCGAGCGCGCUCCGACGCCACGCUUGGACGCCACGCCGCCCCGCGCUGCAGAGCCUCAGAGCCGCAGACAUGACUUGGAAGAAGGAGACCGCCGUGGACGUCAAGGUUCGGCACGGUGACAGCACCGAGCAGCUCACCGAGGACAGUGCCAACGUGCCAAAAUGGACGGGCGCGCGCCACUUCACCGUGCUCAUGCUGUUCCUGGGCAUGGCCAACGCCUACAUCAUGCGCACCAACAUGUCGGUGGCCAUCGUGGCCAUGGUCAACCAGACGGCGGUCCUCGGGGAGGACGUGGUCAACCUUAACGAGUGCCCGGCCGUCGAGAAGCCCGCCGAGGAGGAGACCGUAGAGGACGGUCCGUUUGUCUGGCAGUCGCCCGAGCAAAGCAUCAUCCUCAGUUCCUUCUUCUACGGCUACGUCGUCACGCAGAUCCCGUUCGGCAUCCUGGCCAAGAGGUACGGCGCCAAGUACUUCCUGGGCGUGGGCAUGCUCAUCAACUCGGUGUUCGGGGUGCUGGUGCCGCUGGCGGCCUACCAGGGUGAGGGCUGGAUGAUCACCGUCCGCUUCAUCCAGGGCCUCGGCGAGGGCCCCAUCGUCCCCUGCACGCACGCCAUGCUGUCCAGCUGGAUCCCGCCCAACGAGCGCAGCAAGCUGGGCGCCUUCGUGUACGCCGGCGCCCAGCUCGGAACGGUCAUCUCGCUGCCGCUCAGCGGGCUGCUGUCGCGGUACGGCUUCGGCGGCGGCUGGCCCUCCAUCUUCUACGUGUUCGGCGCCGUGGGCGCCAUCUGGUCGCUAGCCUUCCUGUUCACCGUGUACGAGGACCCCAACCACCACCCCACCAUGCACGAGGCUGAGCGGCGGUACAUCAACGAGGCCGUCUGGGGCAAGGUGGUGGAGGAGCCCAGCGCAGUGCCCUGGAAGUCCAUCCUCACUUCCAUGCCCUUCUGGGCCAUCCUGGCCGCGCACAUGGGCCAGAACUACGGCUACGAGACGCUGCUCACCCAGCUGCCCACCUUCAUGAAGCAGAUCCUGCACGUCAACAUCAAGGACAACGGCUGGCAGUCGGCGCUGCCCUACCUCACCAUGUGGAUCUUCUCCAACGUGUGUUCGGUGACGGCGGACUGGCUCAUCUGGAAGCGCGGCAUGACGGCCACCUUCACCAGGAAGCUGCUCAACGCCAUCGGUCUGGUGGGCCCCGCGCUGUGCAUGAUCGGGGCCUCGUACACGGGCUGCUCGGGCCCCAACACCGUGGCGCUGCUGUCCGUCGGCGUGGGCCUCAUGGGCGCCACCAUGAGCGCGUACCGCAUCAACCACCUGGACAUCUCGCCGCGCUACGCCGGCGUGCUCAUGGCCAUCACCAACUGCGUGGCCAACAUCUUCGCGCUGCUGGCGCCGCUCAUCGCGGGCCAGAUCACGCACAACCGGCCGACGCAGGCCGCCUGGCGAGAGGUGUUCUUCAUCAGCGCGGGCGUGUACUUCGUCACGGCCGCCAUCUACCAGCUGUUCGCGUCGGGCGAGAAGCAAUCGUGGGACACGCCCACGGACAAGACCCUGCGGCGCAAGCCCUCCAUCGUCAACACGGACCUGGGCCUCUCGCACGUCGUGUCCUCAUGAUCGCCCCUCGCAAGGGUGCGCAGCCGGGCCGCCCGGCUCGCCAGUCUUGCGGGCCGGCCUACCCGCGACUCCGCAGGCGCUCGACCGGCGCGCUGCCUGCACAGCCUGCGCGGCCACUGGAGCGUCACUGCUUCAUGAAAAAUCUCAUCUUCAUCAAUAUUAUUUAUUUUUCACCUUUAUGGGCUCAUCGUCACCACAACAACCAUUGUAAACAUAAUUGUGUCCAUUAUUAUGCAUGUUUUUUUCUAAGGCUUCAUUUCCAUAUACUCUGGUAAGAGUCCCUUAAAUCGAAGUAGUUGUCAGAAGUUUUGUCCAGUUUCUGUUACUUUGUAAUUUUAGUAUAUACAUACAGCGAAGCAGUGGCUCCUACCUUUUUAAUGUGUUCAGUCAAGGAACUACUAGGUUUCGACCUAGAAUCAAAUUUACAAUUUUUAAAAAGUUGAUUCAGACACUGCAAUGCUGUUUAGUUGUAAGUCACUUUGUAAAGCUAUGUAUAUGUGAUAGACGGGGUGAAAAUUCUCAGCUGUUUCCAUUCCUGCAAAUGAAUCAGUAUUAGCACCUAAUUCUUCAGGUUUCACCAUUUUAUUCUGUUUCGCCAGAGUACUUCUGUAUUUACAACAGCGAACUUUCAUUUAGCACGAAAUUGGCGCAACGAACGCACCCGAAAAGACGGAAAAGUUUUUACAUUCCAACACGCUCUCUGCACUUCCAGUCUCUGGAUUGUCUAUGUUAAGUCCGUUCGCGAACUAAGAUUUUUGACCACUGUUUGUCUUUUGAUCCUCCCAAUCAGAAACGUGAACGUACCGCCGCCCCCUCAAAAUCUCACAACUUUUAUUGUUUAUGAACGGCACCAUGAGUAAGACAACACAAUGAUGUGUUGAUGUACCGUUAAACUGGACUGUGAUAUGAGCGUGGAUUUUUUCUAACCGGUAGGAUGGUAUACAUCCUACAAUAUGAGAGACAUAGAGAAGACUGCUGACGAAGUGUGCGUAGAAUAAUAGGUUGAUGAUCAGUAUUGGAUGAAAAAACACCUAAUUUGUGUGACCAAUUAUUUUUUGUAAUAAAAUAACGUCGAAAACUUU